AUGUCAGUGUUCACCCCUCUUGAGGUCCCUACCAUCCCAGACAAUGAAGAGCUGAAGCAACCGAAGCUCACAGAAGAACAGGAAUCUAAACGGAUAGAGGUUCUGUCCCAUUUUGACAAGAAUGACUACCGGAUACCUGGCGAGGAAAAAGGAGAACUUAUGGACGAAGAAAAAAUGUGGCUAUCAAACGACUGUAUUCUAAGGUACUUGGGGGCUUCAAAAUGGGUGGUCACUACGGCUAAACAACGACUCGAGGAUACUCUUAAAUGGCGGCGUGAAUAUGGCCUCUAUAAUGGAAAGCUUACGGCAGAGCACGUUGAACCAGAGGCGGUAACAGGCAAGGAAGUUGUGUUCGGUUACGACACAAAAGGAAGGCCUGCAUUCUACAUGAUCCCUAGUCGACAAAACACGACUGAGUCCCCGAGACAACUUGAAUACGUUGUUUGGAUGCUUGAACGGUGUAUUGAUCUCAUGGGUCCAGGAGUCGAAUCUCUCGACCUCCUCAUCAAUUUCGCCGACAAAGCAAAGAACCCCUCCUUCAGCACUGCCCGUCAAACGCUACACAUCGUUCAAACCCAUUACCCCGCUCGUCUCGGCCUUGCACUCAUCAUCAACGUCCCCACUCUCGUCAACGCCUUCUUCAAGCUCAUCAUGCCCUUCGUCGACCCCUUAACGCGUAAUAAAGUCAAAUUCAACCCGUGUGUAUUCGACGACGGUUAUUUCACGCGAGACCAAGUUAUGAAGCAGUGGUGGGAUGGAGAACGGGAGUUUGAGUAUGUGCAUGAGAAGUAUUGGCCUGUUCUUGUGGAGAUGUGUGAGGAGCGGAGAAAGAAGCAGUUCCAGCGGUGGAGGAAGUUAGGUGCGAAAGUGGGGAUUAGUGAGUGGGAUAUGAAAACUGGGUGGAGUCCCUCAAGUCAGCCAGAGCAAGUACCUGUCUCCGAGAAGACUGUCGAGGCUCCUACGGUUGAUGUCGAGCCUACCCCUGCCGUAGUCCAGUAG